GGCGGAGAUGGAAAGUCAGGAGAUGUCUGCGCCGGUGUCUCCGGGAGAGGCGACGCAGAGCGGCGCCCUGCCUGCCGACCGUCAUGCUCUGCUACAGCACAGCCGCGAGUUCUUGGAUUUCUUCUGGGACAUUGCGAAGCCGCAGCAGAAGACGCGGCUUGAGGCCACAGAGAAGCUGCUGGAGUAUUUGCGCACAAGGCCGCAGGGAUCUGAGAUGAAGUACGCCUUGAAGCGCCUGAUCACUGGGCUCGGAGUCGGGCGAGAAACAGCCCGGCCCUGCUACAGCCUGGCUCUGGCACAGCUGUUACAGUCCUUUGAAGACAUCCCCUUGUGCAGCGUCCUGCAGCAGAUACAAGAAAAAUAUGACCUACAUCAUGUGAAAAAGGCAACGGUGAGACCUGUUCUCUUUGGAAACCUAUUUGGGGUACUAGCCCUCUUUCAGUCAGGCCGACUGGUGAAGGACCAGGAGGCACUGAUGAAGUCGGUGAAGUUGCUGCAAGCCUUGGCCCAGCACUACAACCACUUACAAGAGCAGCCACAGAAGGCCCUUGUGGACAUCAUGUCUGAGGUCCCAGAGGCCAUGUUACAGGAAAUCCUGCCCAAGGUCCUCAAGGCGGACUUGAAUGUGAUCCUCAACUCCCCUGAGCGCCUGGAGCUCUUCCUCUUGGCCCAGCAGAAGGUGCCCACAAAGCUCAAGAGCAUGAUGGGAUCAGUCAACCUAUUCUCGGAUGAGAAUGUGCCCAGACUGGUGAAUGUGCUAAAGAUGGCUUCCUCCUCCGUGAAGAAAGAACGCAAGCUGCCACCUGUGGCUCGGGACCUGCUCCACCUGGCACUUAAGGAGGAUAAGUUCCCACGGUUCUGGAAGGAAGUUGUAGAGCAAGGGGUGCUGAAGAAACAGUCCUGGCCAGCCAGCUACCUGUGUUUCCGCCUGCUGGGUGAGGCCUUGCCCCUGUUGUCCAAGGAGCAGCUGCAGAUGGUGAUGCGGGGAGACUUGAUCCGCCAUUAUGGGGAGCACAUGGUCACUGCCAAGCUCCCGAACCAGUUCAGAUUUGCCCCGGAGAUGGACAAUUACGUGGGCACCUUCCUGGAGGGCUGCCAGGAUGACCCUGAGCGGCAGCUGGCUGUGCUGGUGGCCUUCUCAUCCAUCACCAACCAAGGUCUCCCUGUCGUGCCUUCCUUCUGGUGGGUCGUACGGUUCCUGAGUCCCCCUGCCCUGCAGGGCUAUGUGGCCUGGCUGCAGGACAUGUUUCUCCACCCCAACCUGGACUCUUUGGUUGACUUCAGCACCAACAACCAGAAGAAAACCCAGGAUGCAUCACUCCAUGUGCCUGAGCGAGCUGUGGCCCGACUGCGAAAGUGGCUUAUCCAUCGACUGGUCAGCAUCGUGGACAAUGUGCACUUGGAGAAGGAGGAGGCCUUGGUUGAGCAGGUGGCCAGGUUUUGUUUGUUCCACUCAUAUUUUGUAACAAAGAAGCCCAUGUCCCAGAUCCCAGAGACUAAGCAGCAGUUCUCCUUCCCUUUGGAGAGCCAGUCCCGGGAGGUUGUCAGCAAUGCCUUCUUCAGUCUGCUGCAGACCCUUACCACACAGUUCAAGCAGGCUCCAGACCAGACGCAGGGUGGGCAGUCCUGGACCUACCGCCUGGUGCAGUUGGCAGACAAACUGCUGAGCCACAGCCGCAGUGUGACCACUGUGAUGCCCUUCACGACGCAGCAGCGCCAGGCUUGGGACCAGAUGCUGCAGACUCUGAAGGAGCUGGAGGCCCACUCCACAGAGGCCAGAGCUGCCGCCUUUCAGCACCUGCUGCUCCUGGUGGGCAUCCACCUCUUCAAGUCCCCUGCAGAGAGCUGUGACCUGCUCUCUGACAUCCAGACCUGCAUCAAGAAGAGCCUGGGGGAGAAGACCCGUCGGAGCCGCGCCAAGGCCACCAGUGGGUCAUUGCUCCUUAAGCAGGACAGGCUGGGCAUGCCUUUGGGCACAGGAGGGGCUGGAGAGGUAUGGCCAGGUCAUCGGCCCCACUUGGGCUCAGCGCUCUUUGCCCCCUCAGACUCCCAGGAGCUGCCGUGGGUGGAGGUGCUUGUGGAGAUCCUUCUGGCCCUGUUGGCCCAGCCUAGCCACUUGAUGCGCCAGGUGGCCCGGAGUGUGUUUGGCCACAUCUGCUCCCACUUGACCCCACGUGCCCUGCAGCUAAUUCUGGAUGUGCUGAACCCUGAGAUGAGCCAGGAUGAGGACGAACAUGUGGUGGUCACUGACGAUUCCGACAAGAAGCAGCUAGAGGACACAGAGGACAAGAGCGAGGACAGUGAGGACAACAAAAACUCGGAAAGUGAGGAGGAAAGUGAGGAUGAAGAGGAGAGUGAGGAGGAGGAUCGUGAAGGGGACGUGGACCAGGGCUUCCGGGAGCAGCUGAUGGCCGUGCUGCAGGCCGGGAAGGCGCUGGGCGGCGCAGACAGUGAGGAUGAGGAGGAGGAGCUGGGGGAUGAGGCCAUGAUGGCCUUGGACCAGAGCCUCGCCAGCCUCUUUGCUGAGCAAAAGCUGCGCAUCCAAGCUCGCCGGGAUGAGAAGAACAAGCUGCAGAAGGAGAAGGCGCUGCGGCGGGACUUCCAGAUCCGAGUGUUGGACCUGAUUGAGGUGCUGGUGACCAAGCAGCCCGAGAACCCCCUGGUCCUGGAGCUGCUCCAGCCGCUGCUGAGCAUCAUCCGGCAUGGCAUGCGCAGUGGUGGCAGCUCCCAGCAGGAGCGUGACCUGCUGCACAAGACUGCCCGCAUCUUCACGCACCACCUGUGCCGUGCCCGGCGCUACUGCCGUGACCUUGGUGACCGUGUAGAGACUCUGCAUACCCAAAUAGAGCAGCUGGUGCAACAGGCCAGCCGCCAGGCCGACUCCUCUGUUGCCCUCUACCACUUCAAUGCCUCUCUCUACCUGCUCCGGGUCUUGAAGGGCAAUGCUGCUGAGAGCUGCUCUCUGAAAACCCAGAAGCAGCCUGGAGCCAGCACCAAUACCAGCCUCACGCCUAAGGAUCCAGAGACCACCAGCUGCCUGGAUUUGAACCUUGUGACCCCGGUCUACUCUACAGCACUGAGCUCCUUUCUGACCAAGCGCAACAGCCCAUUCACAGUCCCCAUGUUCCUCAGCCUCUUCUCCCGGCAACCAGUGCUUUCUAAGAACCUGCUGCCCAUCCUAGUCCAGCACAUAGCAGGCCCAACACGCCCUCGCCAUCAGGCCCAGGCCUGCCUGCUGCUGCAGAAGACCCUGUCCAUGCGGGAGCUGAGGUUAUGCUUUGAGGAUCCUGAGUGGAAGCAGUUGAUCGGCCAGGUCCUGGCCAAGGUCACUGAGAACCUGCGGGCGCUGGGAGUGACACAGACCAAGGCGGAGCACCAGAAGGAGCUGUGUUCCCUGGAGCUGCUCAAUGCUCUCUUCAGGACCAUCCACCACGAGAAGCUGACCUUAGACCUGACCAUGCUCCUGGGAGUGCUGCAGGGCCAACAACAGAGCCUGCAGCAAAGCCUGCAGCAGGGGGAGCACUCCACCGGGUCCAGCCGCCUCCACGACCUUUACUGGCAAGCCAUGAAAGCCCUGGGAGUCCAGCGUCCCAAAAUGGAAAAGGAAACCAAGGAAGUCCCCAGUACCAUCCAAGACCCUGUGAGCCUGAAGCGGAAGAAAAAGGGGUUCUUGCCAGAGACCAAGAAACGUAAGAAACGUAAACCAGAGGAUGUCACGCCAGAGGAGGAUGCCAAGCCUGCAGCCACUGGUGGGGGACAGUCCCCCAGCACAGGGAAGAAGAAGAAGAGGAGGAAGAGGACAAAGGACAAAGUUCCAGUCCAGUCCCAGGUGAAUGGCACGCCUGCUGUCAAGAGUCCAGCCUCUGACACCUCCGCCCUGAGCCCCAGCACCCCUGCCAAGACCCCAGAGUUGCAGAAGAAGCACCAGAAGCCAUCCCAGGUGAAUGGAGCUACUCCCAUGUCCCCUACGGAACCUGCAGUCAAAAAGCAGCAUCAGAAGGCUCUUCCCCAAAAGGGAAUGUCAGGCAAGUCACCACAGUCACCCCUGCCACGGAAAAGGGCAAGGCUGACUUUGGCCAGCAGGGGCCCUAGCCUCUUCCAAAGUGGGGCCAAGAAGAAGAAAGUGCAACUGAAAAAGGUGAGAAGGCCCUGAACGCAGGCCCACCCUGCUCCUGCCUCCAUCAGCCCUUAAGACAAAUUUUUCACCAGCAUUUUAAUUAAUAAACAAGCCACAGUCUAAGGCACUCACUCUGGCACUGGGUCGUGGUCUGUUGCCAGCCUGCCAGACACCCUAGCAGCAGGCACGGCCUGAGCUACUUCCCCAGAGUCCCAAGGUACAGAGACUGGGCCCCUGCUUCUGCCCCUGGCUGGCCCAAUUCUCAGUCCACCCAGGCACACACCCUCCAUGGGCCUAGGACCUUGGCCCCUGGGCCAGUGCAGGCCCACUGCUCUGGUGUCCUGGUGGGCUAGUGUGAGUCGGCACAAUGGCCAGGUAACAAGUGUGACCGCUCCUGUCCCCACCCCCAAGCUGUUUGCAACCAGGGCAAGAUUUAAAUAGGUUUAUUUCAUUUACAAGAGGAAUAUAUUUGGCUUCUCUCUUAAGACUCUUGAGAUUCACAAUCAGCAGCUCUAAAAAAUAAAGGAGCGGUUUGGCUUCCGGAAGGAAGAGGAGGCAA